AUGGCUCCGGCUCCAGAGACAACAAUACCGCGCGACAAGUGGUGGAAGUUGAAGUGGUUCUCUGACGAUGAUACCAAGGAAGACCGCCGGCUCAUCUCCAAGAUCGAUUUAUUCCUCGUUCCUUAUUCGGUUCUGGGAUACUGGGUCAAGUACAUCGAUCAGUCGAACCUCAACAACGCUUAUGUUGCUGGCAUGAAAGAGGACCUAGGCUUCAAUGGCAACGAGCUAGUGCAGCUGCAGACGUUGUAUACCUUAGGCUCAGUUCUAGGCCAGAUACCGUUCCUGUUCAUCAUGACAUACGUUCCUGUGCACUGGCUGAUCCCAGGAUGCGACAUCUUGUGGGGGGUCUUCACACUUUUGCAGUAUCGCGUCAACUCCUACCCUGAACUCGCCGCCUACCGCUUCAUGAUUGGGUGGUUCGAAGCCGCAUUCUUCCCUGCGAUGCACUAUGUCUUCGGCUCUUGGUAUCGGGGUCACGAGAUCGCACGUCGUGGUGGCAUAUUUUACACGGGCCUUGCCCUCGGCACUUUGACUGCUGGUCUCAUUCAAGCCGGAGCUUCUCAGCGCCUCGAAGGUGUUCACGGAUUGGAAGGUUGGAGGUGGAUGUACAUCAUUUGCGCGAUUAUCACAAUCCCAAUCGGCAUUCUGGGCUACUUUGUCAUUCCGGGCACCGUGGACCAGCCCAAUCGCUGGAUCAUCACUGACCACGACAUUGAAGUUGCCCGAGAGCGCCUUGAGAAGCACGGUCAUGUGACCAAGGGCAAGAUGAAGUUCGGGCACAUCAAGAGGACACUUCUCGGGCUCCGGUUCUGGACUGUCGUCACCACAGACGUUUUGUUCUGGAACGCUGGGAUCCACAAGAGCACUGCUUCUUUCCUGCUGUGGAUCAAGUCAAUUGCACCAGGUCGCUUCAGCGUCGCAAAGAUCAAUGAGCUGGGCACCAUUGCUCCUGCGCUUGGCAUCGGUUAUACCCUAUUCGCCUGCUUUGCUUCCGACAUGUACCUAGGCCCUGCAUGGGCCAUCACCAUGUGCUCUGUCUUCAACGCAGCAGGCCUUGCAGUCUUGACAGCGUGGACAGUCCCUGAAGGUGCACUCUGGUUCGGCUUCGCGACGAUGUACUGGUCCAAUGCUCUGUCCAGUAUCUUUCAUGGCUGGGUCAACAACUUACUGCGAGACAGUCCUGAGGAGAGGAGCUUCACCCUUGUGCUUAUCAACCUCCUGUCGCAAUCUUCAACGGCUUGGACGCCGUUGCUCACGUUUCCGACUGUGGAGUCACCGAGAUAUCGCAAGGGGUACUCGUUCUGCCUUGGCUGUGCGAUCGCACUGAUCUUGUUCACGUGGAUCAUGCAUUACUAUCUCAAACGAGACGCGAGACAAGUGAAUGGGACAGUUGUUGUCGAGACUGAUAGUGGGCAUGAAGAGAACGCAGUGUCAGCGAUUAACCAGGAUGUCAAGGUGCAGAGAGCUUCCGUGUCGGACGUAGGAUUUUUCGCAGGUUCAAGCGACCAGAAGGUUUAG